AAAGCCAUAGCCAUUCAUUGUAUUUCCCGGGGCAUGUGGAUUGUGAUUAUUCCCAACAGAGCCAAAUGGGCAGACUCAUGGUGCCCCUCUGCUUCUCUGGGGACCCCACUCUUUGCCAAGACCACCACAAUCUGUUGGGAGCAUCAACUUUCUGGAUGAGUAGAAGCAUCACUCACCCUGCUACUAUGGUGCAAUGGAAAUAUCCACCUAAAAGGAUAUUUUCACUGCAUUUUCCUGAUCUCUCCUAGUUUGGAACAUGAUUUUCCUGAAAACCAAAGGUCAUUGCACAGUGAGGGGAGUACUGAUGGGAUGCCUCCUCCUCCUCCUCCUCCUCCUCCUCCUCCUCCUCCUCCUCCUCCUCCUCCAUUUGCUGCUGAAUUACCAGUGCUGGAUAUGAGCAGAGGCAUUUGACUCAGCCACAAUGAAGCUCAUACACUGAUGGUGCAAAGGAGUGUGGCUGGAGCGGCCUGAAAUCCUGAAUUAACAGCAGAGUACAUGUAGUAUGGUACAUCUGUCUCUGCUCCGCAAAUUCUGUCCCACCGUGUCUUCCUUGAGACCACGAGGCUCAGAUGUGAGUGAGGAAAGGGCAGGGUAGCAUUGGACGCGGGUGUCGGGUGAUGGUGUCUCGCUAGAAGGCGGUGGUGCCUACGCAAUGGCUGCUGCUCCCUGCUCUGGGGGGAGGCAGCUUCCCGGGGCUUCGAGGGAAGCAGGGGGAAAGCUUAGAGGAGAAUGGUCUUUGUGGAGAGGAAGGAAAAACCGAGUCUAAAAUACCCAGCCCUUUGAGACUUCAGGAGCUUGCUGCUGACUUGAGGGCAAAGGUGGAAAAGGGCCAGGACAGAAAAUGUGAGAGGUGGCCCUGCUUGCAAACUGGGGACUACAUCCACAACACCCAAACCUCAAAGGGCCCUGAAGUCCUUGGGAGGGAGCAGGAGACAGGUUCUUUCAGUCUGGCUUGGCUGAGGAGAGUUGGGUGGCUGCUCCCUGCCUACUGCACUUCCAGGGCUGGCCCCUGUUUCCUUUCUAAAGCCACAGCAUGAUGCUUUCCACCCUCCCUGCCAUAUUAUGGAGUCUUUUGUUUCAGUUGUCUCCUGUCUCAAAUGAGGACAACUGUACAAGGAGAAAUGGGAUAAAGAAAGGGAAAUAAGAACAAGAAGGAAGAUGAAGCAGGAUAAAGGAAGAUAUGGGGGAAGAAAGCAUGUCUGCCAGAAAAAAGAGGGAGCAGGUGGGGCUCCACAGCUAGUGGCUAAAAGCUAGUAUUCACACCGGUGUGUGAAGCUGUGAGUCAGGCACAUUCCUCCAUGCAGUGGUCAAGGCAGCUCUCAGGGGGUUGGUUCAGUGAGACGGGGUCCACCUCUCCAAAGUCUGUCUGAGCUGAGCUGACAGACUUGGGAGCAGUAAAUCUACUUGUUCAUCUACUGUUUCUGUGGGCCCAGCAAGCUCUGGAGAAGCCACAAAGCUAGCGAAGAAAAGACGCAUUUCCUCCUGGCUGGCAGAGGUUACCUCGCAUGUAUUGGUCUUGAAGGAAAAGGCAGUGUCCCUUUCUUGGAUCUUUCAUGGUUAAGGAAAACAACUGGACAGAGCUUGUGAUGGACAACAUCAGCAAAAUGGACUGGGCAGCUGGAGGUGAGGAAUAGACUUCUCUGGAGCACCCUGUCUAUGUCUGAUGAACUCUCCCCAUUCUUCCCUUGGCUGCUUUGCUGUUAAGGAUAGAUGUGUCCUGUACAGCGAGGGUGGAAGGCAGGAGGAAGGAACAGGUCUCUGAGAGCUUGAUUUUGCUCUUGCUUAACUUACCCAAAGAUGUCUUACAACACUUCUCUCAUCAGCCCAAGUCCUAGAGAGGAUCCCAAGGGCGGCAAUUUCUUGGAGGAAAGCAGCGGUGGGGGUGAAGACAGCAAUGUCCUCGGAGGGGACAGCCUGGUCACAGGGCCGCUGGGUGCAGUGCUGCUGGUCAUGUGCCUCACUGGGAUAGUGGGGAACAUCUACACAGUGGCAGUGGCCUCUGGCAGGGUGGCAGGCUGCUCAGCAGGCUCCUUGGGGGUCUACGUGAUCAACCUUGCCCUGGCUGACCUCCUGUACCUUUCCACCAUCCCCUUUGUGGUUUGCACCUAUUUUGCCCACGACUGGUUAUUUGGGGAUGUGGGUUGCAGGCUUCUGCUCAGCCUGGACCUCCUCACCAUGCACGCCAGCAUCUUCCUCCUGACCGCCAUGAGCCUGGAGAGGUACUGGGCGGUGGCCAAGCCUCUGUGGGCCAGGCGGGCCAGCAAUGCCUACCGCAAACUGGCCAGCGCCAUCCUCUGGCUCCUCUCACUGCUGCUCACGGCCCCCAUGAUGGCGAUGACACAGCUGCGGGAGGGGGACGGCCCCCGCAAGCGCAUCUGCGUCCCUACCUGGACGCCAUCAGCUUUCCGGCUCUACCUGACGGUGCUGUUCACCACCAGCGUCCUGGCACCCGGCGCCGUGCUGGGCAUCGUCUACACCCGCCUGGCCCGGGCGUACCAGUCCUCGGCUUGGGGCCUUGGGCUGCCCGUGGCCGGCCGGGCCCCUGCCCGGCAGCUCCUCUCCAGGAUCUCUGCCAUCGUGGUGGCCUACUGGGCCUGCUUCCUCCCCUUCUGGGCCUGGCAGCUGGCCGGGCUGUACCAGGGAGAGAGGCUGGGCAUCAGCCCCACUGCCCAGGCCUACCUUAACUUCGGUGUCACCUGCCUGGCCUAUGGCAACAGCUGUGUCAACCCCUUCCUCUACACCCUGCUUGCCAGCAGCUACCGCCGGCAGCGGCAGCAUGUCCGCGCUGGGACAGGCGAGGCGCGGCCUGCAGCGCCCUCUCGGCAGGCUACGGGAAGCCACAGCAUGCCCCUGGCUUUCAGAGAGUUGUUGGGGUCUGUGACGGAAAGCGAGGGGUGAGCAGGCUAGGAACAUCUGACCUUUGGCUAGGGUCAUAUUGAGAAAUAAAAGUGUGUCACCUUCCAUGCCAGCAUGCAGUGUCUUCCAUCAAUGUUGUUGCAGUGCUUUCCCUUCACAUGGCUGCUCAUCCUGCUCAGCUGGGUGGGGAGCAUGCUUGUCUCAGGGAUCCUGACUCCAUCCUCAGAUCCUUCAGCUCUCACACACCUUGGAGCCUCCACCUUGCAUAAGGCUGGGGAGUGGGUGGAAGGGAGCAGUCAGCUUCGAUAUGUCUAAAUUAUAUAUCUGGGGAACCUUUGCCACCCCUCAUCUCCUCGCUAGCAACGGGCCAAGCCAUAACAAAGUCAGGACAACAGUGAGUCAUAGAUUUCGCAAGAACAGUGAGUCACUACAAGAAAAACAGCCACGCUAGCAGGAGACCUCACUGAGGUUCAUACUCCUGUGGUAAAGCUACCACUGAGCUUUCUUCAAGAAACCGUCACAGAAAAAUCCUUGAAGAAUCUAAAGAAAGAUUGCCAAGAGCAAAUUAGAGGCACUGUGAGAUUCCCCUGUAGUACAGCCCAGGGAAUCCAGUACAUUUGCUCAGCUUUCAAGAUCAGCCCAGCAGAGGAAGCUGCAAGGAGAAAGCUCUCCUCUGUGUCCAUCAUGACAGUUCAUGGCACCCCCAGCACCAUGGCCCUGCUGUGGUUCAAGGAAACACCCAAUUCUCUGGCCUACCAUAUGUAUCCCAGUCUGCCAGACUGUGUCAACACCACUGUGUAAACUGAGUCAAGUCUUGCCUUGAGACCAUCUAGCCUAGCAUGGCUCAUUUCCAUACUGCUGAACCUCUCUUCUCCAGAAAGGAUGGCUUCAUCCUUAUCAUACCAUGGGAAGAGUCCCCAGAUUAUGCUGUCCCCCUGCCAUACUUUGGCAUUGGCUUUGGGCAACACAGGACUUCAAGAGAGAUCCAGCUGCAGAGCCUCAAGUUGCUCGUACAGCCUAAGUGCCCCAACCUUUCAGCUAAGCUCUCAUCUCUCUUCCUUCUCAGACUCACAAUUCCUAGCAGCCCAGCCUCUCUCAGCAUAGGUACCCAGGAGUGAGUACCCAUAGGUACCCAGGACCUGGCAGAGCCUCAUGAAUUAUGAAAUAAGAGCAGCAGGUAUGGCUGCUGCAGGGGAAAGUCCCUGUUCUCCAGCUGCUCUAGAGACUGCUUAAUGUGAGGAAUUAGCCCAGCCAGGCCUGCAGGGAAUCCUGUAGUACAUCAAAUUGUUAGUGCUUUGUGUUGCUUGUGGCCAGACCUUUCAUCCCAGACCAACCUGGUAACUGCUGUGGAUAGGGCAGAUCCCACCUUCCCUACACCCACUAGACAGCAUGCUCAGCAGCAGCACCAAGGCAGCAUUAGGCUGAGAGAGACCCUGAGGCAGCCAUGCAGCAACAUCAAACAUGCCUGACUGCCUCAGUCUCCUCAGAGUUGAGCCAUAGUUUAGGCCGAGAAGUGCUCGGGUUCAUGUGGGCCAAGUAAAACGGGAACAAAAGCAUAGAGCACACAUCCUUAGCAUCCCACACUCCAGCUGGACAUUGCUGCCUCCCUCAGCUCUGGAUGGAACAGGCAAAGCACAAGGGGCAGAAUAAAACCAGACUCCUCCGUGUUACUGCUCUCCUGUGCCACAGCACAACAUUUUGUGCUCCUGCAGUUACUGGAAGAAAGGAUUUAGAUGAGGAACGCUCUACAUGCUCUGCCACACCCAGCAAGGCAGCUUUUCUACUGUCUCCAUACAGCAGUAAGAGGUCUCAAGCAGACAUAGGAGUAAGGAACAGCCUCUACAGAAGGCUGCAGCCAAAACUAGCACAGUUGAGGACUUUCCCCUCACUCCAUGCCCCACUAGGCUCAGCUAGCACAGCCACUCAAUGCUCUGAUGUCAGCCAGGAGUGCUUAGUUUAGAUAGAGUUAAUUUAUUCAGGCAGUGUAAGGUGUCAGUCUGGACCUCAACAGCUUGUGACCUCACUUAAAGGAUGCUUUUACUCUCCCCUGAGUGACAAUUAGCCCCAAUGCCUCCUCCUGUGACUCUCCUUGUACUUUUAACCUUCUGUGUUCCCAGGCUUUUAACCUUCGUCCUCUUCUCUAUCCAUGACUUUCAA